AAGAUGGGGCUUCCAUGGCUGCUCACGCUUGAGCUUGUGCUUCAUGCUGGAUCGUUCAUGUGUGGGGUUAUAACAGCCGCUAAACUCACCAUCACUCAGGGUCACUUUGCUGGAGAAUGUGUUCUCUACGGCAGCAUCAACCACAACACAUCUGACCAGUCCCUAACCUUAGAAAGCUCCAGUUCUUCUUCUCUCUGCUAUUUUCUAUCAGCCAUCUCUGUGUGUGUAGCUGUUUACUGUUUCUUUGCCAUUCUGUACUGGAUCUACACAAGCUGUGUGAAUGAGGAAGUAAAACGGAGAAGUGUAUGGCUCAGUGUGUCUGUGGGGCUGUGUGGACUCUUCUUGAUUUUGCUUAUAAUAUCAGGCUGUGUUAUUAGAAUCGGUAGGGACAGCCUGUGUCUCUCUGUCCUCCACAAUGUCCCCUCCAUCAGCACCUGUGAAGAAGUGCAGAAUAGAACCUGGUCCAGUCCCUACACAGGAAGCCAGUUUUACACAGAACUUUCCAGUGCUGAGAAAUCCGUCUGGGUGAGCUUCUUCUUCUGGCUGUUAAUGAUGGCGGUGGUGGUGGUGCAGAGGCGUCAAGCUGCGAGCGAGGAUGCACACUGGAGCUAUGAUGAAACCGAGCCUUUUCUCCACCGCCCAUCCCGAAUCCUGUGA